AUGGCGCGACUGACGUCUUUGAAGCUCCGUUAUGUUCAGUUACUCUUGUGUACACUAUAUACAUCAUUGUUCAUUUUUGGGUUGUUCAGCCAAUCUUUUGUGGAUAUAUUUUCCCUACCUUUUUCCAGCAAACAAGAUAUAUAUAAGCUCUUCACAUUCCAUUUGGUGACAGAUGAGAGUUUCGUUCUCUUAAUGACACUGUCAGCCGUUUUUAUUUAUACGAAGCUUGUUCUAGACUCAUGGAGCAUGGCUGAAGUAGUAUUUUUUUAUUGGCUUGUCAAUGUAGCAGCCCUUUUUGUAUCACUUUAUCCUCUGGUGCUUCAAUUAUUUAAUUUCUCCAUUUCUAUCCCUCGAAUCAAUGGUGCAUCUGCCUUCGUUUCUUCUGUGCUUGUAGUUCUUAUCCAGCUACGACCAGAUCAACCGGUUAUCAGCUGCAAGCGCUUUAGCAUUGUAUCCAGAUAUGCUCUCCUGUUGGUACUGGCUGCUUAUUUCAUUGCAGUUAUAAUAGGCUUCGUAAGGUUUACGUCUUUAGCGUUGUUUUUUAAUGGGAUGUUGUUCAGUUGGUUCUAUCUUCGUUUCUGCCAGCGACACUCUCAAGGAAGAAGAGGAGAUCAUGGUUCCUCAUUUUCAUUUGCCAGGCUCUUUCCUGAACCGAUUGCUUCCGUAGUUUCCAUUCCUACCAACAUGUGUUAUCAAGUAUUACUUCGCACUAAACUGUUUCCCGCACUGAGAAGAGAAGGUGAGAUUACCGUGACAUCUUCCCUUGGAAUAGUUACACAUGGCGCUAUAUCUCCUGAUUCUGAAAGACAUAGACGCAUUGCUCUAAAGGCAUUGAAUGAACGUUUUAUGAAGAAGGAGACUGUUAUGCCUGCAUCAAAUGAAUUGGUCACCACAUGGCCUAGUUUAAUGGAUACUGAGGAAACACAGAAAUCUGGAGAGAAUGUAUCAAAAGAGUCUAGUGUAAUAGUUAAUUUACCAACUGAUAAGAUAAGUUCGAGUAGUUCUACGUUUACUGAUUCUCAGAAUGUAUGA